GUCCCAUGAGAUCCAGACUUUGUACCCCUUGCUCCUUGGGAGAGCAGUUGGGGACAGUGACAAGGGAGGCUAGUGGUAGUGUUCUCACCCUCAGUUUAGCCAGUCCAAAGUGUUUAAGGUUUAUAAUUUGGUGUUCUUUGGGAAUUAAAAUAGAGGAAAAGGAAAAGAAAGUCUAUGUUGCUUUAGGAAAAAAAAAAAGCUGGGAUACCUCAGGCGGCCUGUUCAAGUGGCUUCACAGAUGAGGAACAGCUGUGGACAUGAGGCCAGGGGCCUGAGGCCAUGUGAUGGGUGUGUAGCACUGGACAGAGUCACUUUCCAUGCUUGCACCUGUCUAUGCAAAGAAAACACUGCAAAGAUGGAGUAGGCACUGAACGAUGCUGAUCCCGUCUCAGACGAGCAGACGUUCCUGGUGGUGGUGGCCAUCGACUUUGGGACCACGUCCAGUGGCUCUGCCUACAGCUUUACCAAGGAGCCAGAAUGCAUCCACGUGAUGAGGAGAUGGGAGGGAGGUGACCCUGGCGUCUCCAACCAGAAGACCCCGACCACCAUCUUGCUGACACCAGAGAGGAAGUUCCACAGCUUUGGGUACGCUGCCAGGGACUUCUACCAUGACCUGGACCCCAAUGAGGCCAAGCAGUGGCUGUACUUGGAGAAGUUCAAGAUGAAACUCCACACCACAGGGGACCUCACUAUGGACACAGACCUGACAGCGGCAAACGGCAAGAAAGUCAAAGCCCUUGAAAUCUUUGCACAUGCCCUGCAGCACUUUAAAGAGCAGGCACUGAAGGAGCUGAGUGACCAGGCGGGGUCCGACUUUGAGAACUCUGAUGUCAGAUGGGUCAUCACAGUGCCUGCCAUCUGGAAGCAGCCAGCCAAGCAGUUCAUGAGAGAAGCUGCCUACCAGGCAGGCCUGGCCUCCCCUGAGAAUUCAGAACAGCUCAUCAUUGCCUUGGAGCCCGAGGCCGCCUCCAUCUACUGCCGGAAGCUGCGGCUGCACCAGAUGAUUGAGCUGAGCAGCAAGACGGUGGCCAAUGGGUACAGCACCAGUGACUCAGUAGGAGCGGGGUUUACACAGGCUAAGGAGCAUGUUCGGCGGAACCGGCAGAGUCGGACCUUCUUGGUGGAGAACGUCAUAGGAGAGAUCUGGUCUGAACUGGAGGAAGGUGACAAAUAUGUGGUUGUUGACAGUGGCGGAGGCACUGUAGACCUGACAGUCCAUCAGAUACGGUUACCAGAGGGGCACCUUAAGGAACUGUACAAAGCGACAGGUGGACCCUAUGGAUCUCUGGGAGUGGAUUACGAAUUUGAAAAGCUGCUUUGUAAAAUAUUUGGAGAGGACUUUAUCGAGCAGUUCAAGAUCAAGCGCCCGGCGGCCUGGGUUGACCUAAUGAUUGCCUUCGAGUCUCGCAAAAGAGCUGCUGCACCCGAUCGAACGAAUCCCCUGAACAUCACUCUACCCUUCUCUUUCAUUGACUACUACAAGAAGUUCCGGGGGCACAGUGUGGAGCACGCCUUGAGGAAGAGCAAUGUGGAUUUCGUGAAGUGGUCCUCCCAGGGGAUGCUGAGAAUGAGUCCGGAUGCCAUGAACGCCCUCUUUAAGCCCACCAUCGACAGCAUCAUCGAGCACCUCCGGGACCUGUUUCAGAAGCCCGAGGUUUCCACCGUCAAGUUCCUCUUCCUGGUGGGUGGCUUUGCAGAGGCGCCCCUUCUGCAGCAGGCGGUGCAGGCAGCGUUUGGUGACAAGUGCAGGAUCAUCAUCCCCCAGGAUGUGGGCCUCACCAUCCUCAAGGGUGCGGUCCUCUUUGGCCUGGACCCUGCGGUCAUCAAGGUGCGCCGGUCUCCCCUCACCUAUGGGGUGGGCGUGCUGAACCGCUACGUGGAGGGGAAGCACCCUCCCGAGAAGCUGCUGGUGAAGGAUGGCACGCGCUGGUGCACCGACGUCUUUGACAAGUUCAUCUCCGCCGACCAGUCCGUGGCCCUGGGGGAGCUGGUGAAACGCAGCUACACUCCCGCCAAGCCCUCCCAGCUGGUCAUCGUCAUCAACGUCUACAGCUCGGAGCAGGACGACGUCAGCUUCAUCACCGACCCCGGGGUGAAAAAGUGCGGCACGCUCCGCCUGGAUCUCACGGGGACCAGUGGCACAGCAGUGCCCGCCCGCAGGGAAAUCCAGACCCUUAUGCAGUUUGGGGACACCGAGAUCAAGGCCACGGCCGUGGAUAUAGCCACCUCAAAGAGUGUCAAAGUGGGGAUCGACUUCCUAAACUACUAACUGUAACCAUCCCUCUCUCAUCCCUGCUGCCAGCCACCCACUGGGACUCCUCGUUUGCAUUCGCCGACCUCCACCUUGACUGUUCUGUCCCCACCCAGACCUCACCCUCACCAUUGCCCACCUGAAUUUCAGUAGGAAAAGAGGAGAAACAGGGAGAGAAUUAGCUAAGGAUUUUUUUUUCUUUUUGAGGGUACAUUGGAGUCAGACAAACUCAGAGAUUAACAUCAAGGCGUGGAAAUAGGAAGUUUAAGGAUCCUGGAACAGCCAGCUUUCACGGGGUUCCUGAGUGGUAGGUAAGACAGCCCUUGGUGAGGAAAUUGGUGCAGCUUGCCACGAAGAGGCCCCUGUCAGGGAGGACUUAGGGCACCCACUGCCAUCUCUCUGGAUUUGAAGGGAUCUUCUUUGGAGGUCUCUGUAAGUUCUCUCAUGGGACAGUGAGUAGGAAAUACCAGCUUCCUGCAUUUAGCUUCUUCUCUUUGUCAUGGGACUCAAACUGGUGACUCAGUGGCAACUUAAAGUAAUUUUUUUUUUAAUUUUAUAUUUUAAGUCAGUGGCAGGAGACUGCCUACGCUGGGCACUAUUUUAGGUUCUCAUAUAAUUUAAAUUUCCAAGGAGGCUCGAUGAAGGAUAGGACAGCCUUGGCUAACUCAACCAGGGUGGGGGUGGGGGGGUAAGAGGGCUGAUACCUCCAUUUUCCAGAGCAGGUAUAAAACUCCCUUUGGUGGAAAUGCAUACCGAAGAGUUAAAGUUAGUGACUUACCCAAAUUAGAGCAGUCCCCUUCUAUCUGUAGAGGAUACAUUCUGAUAUUUCCCCCAGUGGCUGCCCAAACAUUAUCUAUACUAUGUUUUUUCUAUACUUAACGUAUCUGUGAUAAAGUUCAAUAUAGUAAAGUAGUAAGAGAUUAGCAACAAUAACUAAUGAUGAAAUAGGACAAUUAGGAAAACACACUUUGAUAAAAUUUAUAUAUGAACAUGGUCUAUUGAAGCAUAUCUUACUAUACUAUACUGUUACACAUUUUUGGACCACAGUUGACUGGGGCUCAUUGAAAACCCAGUAAAUGCAAACACAGAUCAGAAGGUAAUUCUUAGAGCAACAAACCUUGGGUUCAGAGGCCCUGCAUAAUUCCAGGUGAUCUUAGCAGGAAUUUUGUUUGAGAAAGUGAAGUUUUUAUUUGCCCUGUUUUUUAUGUGUCACCAAGCCCAGAAAUCCAAAAUGGCCCCCUGCCUUGCAAACCAUGCGCAUUUUCGUUCCCCAAUGAGGAGAUAUGAAAGGAGGUUCUGUUCCAUGGAAUGUCUCGAUCAAAUCUUCAGCUUUUCAAAUUUACCUAAAAAAUAGCAUGUAAACCUAGACCUGGUAAAUGAAAGCAGCCUUUUCUAAAGUGGGUCUGUGGCCCACUUGCCGCAGAAUCGCCUGGGUGCUGGUCGAGAGCAGGUCCUGAGUCAAAUACCUUUUAGCCAGAGCUGAAUCUGGAGAGACCGGAUCUGCGUUUUUUAGUGUUGGAAUGUGAGAUUCUUGAACCUGAGGCUUUGUAAAGCUGAAGUGACCACAGACCACAGCGUGUGGCUUCAAACCUACCUAUCAGAGUUCUCUUAGGGAAGAGUGUGUGUACCCCUACACUCUGCCCUCCAGAUCUGAGGGGAUGGAGACCCACCUGGCCUG